CCCCAAACCCUUUCCCCUGUUUUCCUCUUUUUCUCGCUUUCAAAACCUAUACAUACGCACGCCUUGUUUCUAUCCCCCUCCCAUCGUUCUCUGCAAUUUCUAGGGCUUGGUUUCUUUUGCCGCUUUUCUUCGAUUGCAAAAGGUGACGUCCCCUCUCUCUCUCUCUCUCUCGCGCGCGCGCGCGUCCAUCUCUCUCCCUCUGGUUGCGAUCUGGCCCAGUAUAGCAGAAUACCGGCCGAAAUUUCCGGUACCACCAUCUCGUCCGGUAUUGUCCGAAAUUUCCGGUACCGGCCGGUAAAGGCCAGUAUUGUAGAGUACCAUUUUCUCUUCAAACCGGUACGUACUGGGCAUUCACAACCUUGCUUGUAAGUAAUUGGCACCCAAAUUGAUCCAAAUCCACCGCACGACCGAUGUGGGCGUCGGCAACCAGUGGCGGCUUACAAUUUAUGCGCUACUGCCUCUUUUAUCCUCCACCUGUCCCUUUCGCUGCUGCUUCUUCACCUUCCUCUCUGCUCAUCAGGUUUCGCGCCCGAGCUAUAAUGGAUAACCUCGCCAACAAGUUUCGUGCCCUAUCCAUACCCGAUAACACCACCAACAGGAGCUCUUCGUCCUCUGCUUUCGCUCAUUCCGGUAGAAGCGGGGGUAGAGGAAGGGGAUUGGAUGAGAGAGACAACCGUGAGAGGUCGAGAGGCCGUGGUAGCGGCAGAGAUGGUAGAAGUUCCGGAAAGGAUAAAAUUGACGCUCUAGGAAGGCUCAUGACACGUAUUUUGCGACAUAUGGCUUCAGAGUUGAGCUUGAGUAUGAGAAGUGAUGGGUAUGUCAGGGUUCAAGAUGUAUUGAAGCUGAAUAUGAAAACGUUUGCAGAUAUUCCACUGAGAGCUCACACGAUUGAUGAUAUUAGGGAGGCUGUCAGAAGGGACAAUAAGCAGCGGUUCAGCCUGCUGGAAGAAAAUGGCGAGCUUUUGAUACGUGCAAACCAAGGGCACUCAAUAACGACCGUAGAAACUGAAAGUUUAUUGAAACCGAUUCUCUCAGCUGAAGAAAUUCCAGUGUGUGUGCAUGGGACGUAUAAGGAGUAUUUGAAAUCAAUCUUGGAUCAAGGUCUCAAACGAAUGGAGAGGCUGCAUGUUCACUUCUCUUGUGGCUUGCCAACGGAUGGUAAAGUAAUUAGUGGUAUCAGAUACAACAUCAAUGUUUUGAUCUUUCUCGAUGUUGGAAAAGCUUUGGAAGAGGGAAUGAAGCUCUAUAUUUCAGACAACAAGGUGAUCUUGACUGAAGGUUUUGAUGGUGUUGUGCCUGUGAAGUAUUUUGAAAAGAUCGAAUCGUGGCCAGAUAGACAACCCAUACCCUUUUAAGCCUGCAUCAUUUCUGAAGUGUUUAUUUCUCCAAUUUUUUUUGUGACCUGUGGGUCAUUCAAUGGUGAUAGAUGCAGUAGCUUUCUUUCGGUUCAAAAUCGUGGUAUACCCAAAUGGCGGCCUGUAAUUUCUGUUCAUUGCCUUGUGUGUACCAUGCCGCCUGCUUUUGCUGAUCUGUAUAUUUCAAUCCUGCCUGGUUAGUGGAAACGCUCACUAGUAUGUUUUCCAAGAUGUCAGAGAACUACAACUGGUUUCCAGAAAAUAUGAAAUUUAAAGCAUUUGAGUUUCAUAA